AUGAUUGAUUCUGACAGUGAACUAGCUUCAGUGUAUGAUUCUGACAGUUCUGAAGAACAUAUCGGACUGAUAAACGUUUUUAAACAAAAAUUUAAAAAAGAUUUGAAAAAGAUUCAAGAUGAUCAAGUUUAUCAAAUAAAAGUUUUUUCUUUAUUCGCAAGUCGUGCUCAAGAUAAACAUUAUAAGAUGUAUAGCAUGAAAUACGACACUGUGAAAUUUGAAGGUGAUGACAUCAAAGUGUUUAUACAAUCUCGUUUUAAGCAACAUGAAAUUCUUGAAAGAGAUUUGACAUCGAUGCGGGGUGAUUUUAGUUUUCAUACAAUGUUUGAAGCUUUCGAUGAAAUAUCUGACGGUGGAAUAUUUUUAUUUUGCACAAAUGAAAGCAUUGAUACAAGAGCACAACAGAAAUAUUUCCUUCAUGCUGAUCGUGAGGAAAUUAUUGACAUUUUUGGUGGGAAAGGAACUUAUCUAAAACUCAAUGAAACAACAUUUAAACUUCUGCGACAAACACAUUUCGUUGAGACAAGUGUGUACGAUUUUUGUCGAUGUUUUAGAAUUUUAUUAUCGAUAACUGAAAAUGACUUGGACGAAUUGAAUUUCUUUGAUAAUAAAUCACAGUGGAAGGCAUUCGCAUUUGAUAUGUGGCAGUGGUAUGGAUGCAAGAUAAACGAAGGUUGUAAACUUGGUGUCGUUUUAACGAAAAUUGACGUCGAAAAUUUUAUCUCAGAUAUUAAAGAAGACUACGAAAGUUUUGUUGCGGAUAACAAAAUAGUGGAGGAAGAAAAUGUGAAAAGUUUUGACUGUUAUUCGAAUGAAAAGAUCGAAAUGGAAGUCAUUACAAUGCUUUCAUUGAAUUCUUUGAGAAAAGUGAGUGACUUUGAGAUUGAGAAGCCAUGUGAAAACUCCGCCGUGUCUUUUAUAAAUGCAGAUGGAAUAAAAAUUUAUUUUAAUUUCAAUAUUAAGGAUAAAUGUGAAUUUUUUAAUGACACAGGUUCAUUCAACAUAAAAGACGCUUUCAAAUUCUUUCAGAACAACACAAAAAACUCCCAAAUUAUCGAUAAGACUGACAGCUUAAAAUCACUUCACCUUCUUUGUGCAAAUGUUUAUAAUGAAACGUUUUUACUCGAACCAGCUGAUGAAAAUGAAAUAAUCGAAUCGAUUGGAAGCACCUGCAAGAAUUAUCUUAAAUUGAAAAAAAAUUCUUACGAUUUUAUUUCUGUUUUCAUGAAAAUGAAUUCGAUAGAAUGGAAAGCAUUGGGAGAAAGAAUCGCAUCAAAGAUCGAACAAGGAAAAGUUAUAAGUCAAGAAAUUCCAAACUUUAACAAACAUUUUCCAAUUAUUGAAAGCAAAGUUUUCAUACAAGACAUUGAAACUGGUGAAUGGAAACGAAGAGAAAAUAUUUUUGAAGCAUCAUUGCUUGAACCUUUGACAUCUUCGAUAUCACAAGUCAAUAAAGGAAAACCGAUAAGAAUUUACCUGCCAUCGCCAUCAAAAACAAUUGUCAUGAGAUUUAUAAAACUUCUUGUACCGUUUGUGACAUCGAAUGAUGGGUCGAAAACCUUAAAGAUUGACAAUUUCCAAGAACUUUACGGGACAAUUUUGGUUUCUCAGAAAUAUCAUAAAGUUAUUAAUCCACUUUUUAUGAACACAGAAGUACUUCAAAAACCAAUGAAAUUAAUUCGUGAUGGAUUUCUGUCUGAACUCACGAAAGAACUUCUCAAGUCUGUGAAGUUUCCCGCAUCUGUAACAAGAGAUGAACCUGUUCAUUAUGGCCCUGAACUUAAUAAUUCAACAAAAAUUGCUUCGAAACUUACCAGCAUAAUUUUGUCAUCAAAUAAAUUCUCAAUCGAAUCGUUCAACAAGCUGCCUUGGUUUCGAAAUGACUUCAGUAUUUUAAGGGCACACAUACUGGAAUUAAAACAUGAACAAUCUUCCGUCCAAUUACAAUUUAACGAAGAUUUUAUCAAUGGAAAAAUUCAUUCAAAACUUAAAAGCUUUAGAACCGAUUUCAUCGAUCAACUUACCGAUGAUUUACUGACAAUCAUAUCAAAUUUUACCUUUGACGAUACCGACGAUGAACUUGUUGGAUUCAUUGAAAGUUUUCGUCUUUGGGCAGAUUUAGAUGAAAAGAAAAUUGACGACGAUUUCCAUCAUUGCAUUUCAAUCAUUCUCAACGGCACAACAUCACGAUUUCAAUAUCCGUACAUGUUUCUGACAGCAUUCCAACUGAAAAUUUGGCAAUGGUUGAGAGAUGACGAUGAGAAAAUAUUAAACAAACAGAAAGUCUUUUCCAUAAUUAAAGAAUUAAUUGGUGAACAUACAAUUAGAAUGUAA